AUGGCGACAGUAAGAAAAUCAAAUUUUAAUAAUAAUGAUAAUCACUUAUCAUCACCAUCAUAUAUUAUGAAUAAAAGGAUUAAAAAUGCAAUCGAACAGGUAGAUCGUUUAAAUUAUGAAAAAAGUAAAGUUAUACUUAAAGAGAACGACUGGUUACCAAUCAAUUGUUUCAAUGAAAACAAAGCCAUCGAUUUGAGAACUGACUAUAAAGUAACUGAUUUCAAAACUAGUAAUGGACAAACUGAUCCAAACAAUUCGCUUACAAAGCUUAAGAAGAAGAAGAAUUUUUCACAAAAUAGUCCACUCUUGUCAACGGAACAUAUCGGUAUUAGAACCAAUGCUGUAAAGCAUUCAAGCAAUCAUUGCAGAAGUCACACAGAUUCAACAAUUGUUUUAAGUAAAGAUAAACUCGGACUUUCAAGCCAACAGUUUAAAAGCUCAGAUGAUAUUCUAAGAUAUUUGAAAUUGCAUCCUGACUUUCAACGAAUGCCUCCAAGCCAACUACAACCAAUUUUAGCAGCAAUACUAUCUGGUCUUAUCUUUAUUGGAGGUGUAGCUCUUAUUGUGGUUUCUGGGGGUACAGCCACUCCAGGAAUAAUUCUCAGUACAUCAUUACUUAUAGGUACAGGAAUAUGUGGAAUGCAAAACUAUUGCUGGUGUGCAGGAUUGACAAUUAUUACUUUUGGUGCAGGUUAUGGAGCUGGAAAUCUUAUGGGAAUAGUUUUAGUUGGAACAGGUUUAACAGAAACAUCCAUUCAAACAUUGGGUACAAUAACUGGUGCAAUUGUUGGCUCUGGAAUCCGUACUGGAUCAUACUGUGUCCUGACGAAGAUAGAAGGUACACCAAUAGAAACCUUACAAUUAGUAUUGGAAGGAGUUGGAGGAGCCAUUGCAGGAAGAUUUGCUGGUUAUCUUUGCGUAAAGGCCAGUCUUAUUCUAAAGAAUCCAAUUUUACCUGGAGAAGAAGUAUUACGUUGCAAGGCAGCUGAAACAGAAAUACUGGUAUCCAGAGGAGAUGGUUUAGAUAGUUUGGAAGAAAUGGACUUGGGACGUUUAUUCGGUGAAGUAGUUCCACAGGAUGCAUUCGAUGUUGCAAAUGGUGUUCUUCAAAGGUUUAUUGAGAAUCCGGACCAAUAUUUUCCCACCGCCAGUGACGAAUUGAGCACUACCAUCUUUCAAGAUAAAGGUGGGAAACUUACACAAAUGUUAGCAGAUCGCGGAAUUAAGGGUUCUUUUAGAUUUUAUGAGUUUGAUGUCGGAGCAAAAAUUUGUGGAUUCAGAAGACCAGAUAGGAUUGUGAUUGUUUUUACAUCUAAUUAUACGUCUAAACUUCAUGAAUUAACCAAAGGAUAUGAAGGAGCUUUCUAUACGGCAUUUCAUUAUCGAACUGGGUCUUUCAUUCGAUUUUAG